AUGAUGGCUUUAUGGGCCACAAAGUUGUCAAUCGGUUUGGACGACGACAAGCCUGUCGCUUGUCUGAUGUCCACCAGAACCGAAAUCCAACUAUAUCUACAUGGAAAAAAGGGUGGGGAGAAUGAGCGACGCGCCAAGAGCCAAGAAGGGCCAAGAGCGGACAGUCGCCAUGGAACUGACCCACAGAGGCGGUCUUUCCUCAGCGCAAGAAGCUUGGACGAAAGAAGGAGCGGUCGCAGCGCUGGAUCCAACAUCAGCCGCACCGUGGAGAACUUUCCGUUUUUCUUGCCCGAGGCGGUUGUGGGAAAAACAGGAGCGCCAGCGCUAAGUCCUCCAAGAUCACUGACUGCACACACACACGCACCAGUCCACCAUUUGAUGUGCCUGUCCUUUAGCAACAUGGGGUGCAGCUCAUGUGAUGUUCCAGCUGAACAUCACGCUUUUGGACGUCUCUCCUACUCUGAUCUUCGGAGUUAG